UAUAACAAGAAGGGUGAUUCAAAGAGAUCUUUCAGCAUCUUUGGAUACGAGAAGGAAACUUACUACAACUUUGGAGUCAAGCGUUUCUAUGACCUAAGACGUUGGCCAUAUGAAUGGGAUGGUGCAUUUCAGAUUGCAGAUGAGCUUAAAAAAGAGCAGCCUUUCCCUCCAAAUCAUGAUUAUGAAUGCUUCUGGGAACGUGCUCUACUUGGGUUUGAAGCAUGGCCUAACUGUUGGCCAUGGUUUGCUACCAUCCAGAAAAGAGAUAAAUAUCAUCCAAUGGGCUGGUUGAACUUUUGUGGUGGAAGUUUACUUAAUGAUGGUUGGGUUCUUACAGCAGCUCAUUGCUUUGUAAGAAAAAAAAGUGAUGACCUAAGAAUAGUUCUGGGCAAACAUGACCUCACAAAAAUUGAAGAGGGAGAAGUUGCCUACAACAUUAGCAUGAUAAAGGCUCACAACAAAAAUGACAUUGCCUUGGUGAAACUUGAUGGUUAUAAUCCCAAUGUCACAUCUGGAAAAAUACAACCAGCUAAACUGCCAGAUAAAAAUCUGAAAAAAGGAUUGAUUGAUCAUUUGUCAAACCAAGGGACAUUUAUAGCUAUUGGAUUUGGAGCCAUCACCAAAUUCUUAUCUGGCAGACAAUCCAAUGUAUUGAGAGAAAUUGAACUGAGAUCACAGCCCUUGGGGCAGUGUAGAUCUACUUUUACAGACAAG